CGCAGGGCGACACUUGCAGCCCUGCUUGGCCGUUUUCAUGCCCGGUGCGAGGCAGCUCGCCACCCCGACGAUGUGUGGGACGGUGCUGCUGGCAUGGCUGCUAUGUGGUUCUCUUUUCCCAUUAGCCAUUGCCCAAGAUGAUGGAAAACCAACAUCAACUGAAGUAACACCAGGUGCUGAUGUAAGACUCAGGGCUACAGUGAAUGCCACUGAACACGGUGUCACUCCGGGACCCUACCCAUCAGGGAGGAACCAACUUAAACACAUUUUUUCAGAACCAGUGAUAAUAGCCAUUGUUUUUGGAGUGAUGUUUGGUAUCAUUGGGACCAUCCUUUUAAUUUCUCUUUUAAUCAAACGGCUGACAAAGAAAAACUCAGUGGACAUGCAACCUACCUUCCUGCCCAACACAGACGUACCCUUGAGUUCAGUUACAACAGUUCUGCAAGAAGAGUAGUCGAAGAAAAUGUGUUCACCAUGAGCGACUAUGAAGGAACAAAACUCAAAGAAGAUACAAAAUUAAGUAAACUAGAAAUAAACGUGUAAAUUGGGGUCUUCGAUAAAUUAUGCCGCAUCAUUCCAGGAAGGAAAUCUCAUCAUAAAAAGCUCCAGUGAAUAAAUCGUCAAAAACAAAUCUCUGCUCAUGAAUAUGUCAAUACUUGCAUGCUUGUUUUUUGCAUAAGCAUAAUUUUAAUCAAUUGGAAUUCAGACCCAAAUUUUCAGUUGAACUCAUCUGUUUGUAACAUUUUCUCUAUGCUAUUGUAUUUUAUGUUUUUUUAAUUAUGUUUAGAGAGUAGUACAAAGGGUGUUGAAUUCAAUGUCAGUUUAUAAAUACAAUGAGUCUUGGUUGGUGGCUCCCUUCCAUUGUUCUCCCUCUUUUCUCUCAACCUAUGCUAUUGCAUUUUAAUUAUAGUAUUAUCAAAUGAAAGGCCUGUAAUAUCUCAUGAAAUCUAAGUUCUCUUUUUCUAAAUUUUGUUUCAAAUAAAGGAAUAAUGACAUUGUCUC